GCGGUUCAAAAUCUUGUUCUAAACAUUCUGAUCACAUCACGAGAGAAGACAGCCACACAAAUCUCAAUUUCGAAAACUUGGACAAUAAUCGCAGAUUUGGUCAGAAGACUUGGUAAAUUAUGUUGCCCAAAUUAAUGGCUGUGAAGAGGAAGCGCUCAUCUCUGGACUCUGAGAGUCUUCCUGCCAAGAGGCCUGUCGACCAGGGCUCUCCCCUCAAGACGUCCCUCAAACUGCCCCAGACCCCAUUAAAGAAGGGGCAGAUGAAGAACUACACUUCCCCGGCCCGGUCCCCUCAGAAGGUACCGAAGCUAGCCUCGUCGUUCAACCCAGCGGUGGUGACAGGCUGCUUUUAUGGCAAGAAGAAGGCCUUAUACCUAACCCCCCUGGAGAGGAAGAUGCUGAAGGAGACCAAGCCACCUCCACAACUUGUCUCUAAGGUCACUCCGGACCCUUACGAACUGCCAAAGGUUGCGGAUAGAAAGAGGAAGGGAAGGGGGGGAGGCAAAGCCAGGAAGGUGGCUGCCGUCCAUGGUGGUAAGACUGGCGUAAAGCAGUGUGCCCCCUACAUACCCUCCAACACAAAAGCAGCCGGCGGCACCAAAGAGGAGCAGCCCAAGAAAAGCACGACUUUCAACUUCACCGGCAGUCUGACGUCCAAACUGAAGCCAAAGAUCUACGUAGGCGCCGCGUUCUUCAGCACAGGCAAGAAACCCACCUCCAUGUACAAGAAAUCAACCCCCAGAUCCACCAAGGAGCCUGCCUCCAAAACGGCGAAAAACAAAUCUUCUGUCGUUCCACCCGGAAAAAAACAAGAGACGAUCCAGACCCAGAAGAGCUUCUCAGCUGGACACAGCGUCUUGGAGAAGACCUCGGACGAGUCCGUUGUUCCACAGCCUCCGGCUCCACACACAGACCUGGAAGACCUUGUAGGAGAAGACCUGGGCUCCAGUGAGACUGUGUCCUCCAGCCCCAAGCCCCAGGAGGAUGUGAGCUCCAGUCCCCGGCAGCAGAGCCUGCCCUGCCCAGGCACCCUGUCCCCCAGCCGGCUGGCGAAGACUUACGGCCUGACCAGGGAAGUGAAGAUCCUGCUGGAACGCUCCCCGACACCCUCCAGCCCCGGCCCUGCCGCAGACAUCAACACACAGGAGGACUUCCUAACAGAGGCUGGCUCCGACGCAGUGUUCGACCUGGGCGACGUCGGCUCCCCCGCCAGCCCAGCAUCGUCUCUCUCUCCUGUCUACCCCAUCUUUGGCUCGGCAUCCAAGAGGUGCCAUAUGAAGGCUGGCCUGGCCUCCCCCGUGACCUGCAGCACCCCUACUGGUCCGGUGGGCUCACUGCCCUCUGUCAAGGAGAAGAGCCUUCGGAAGAGAAAGGAGCCCAAGAAACAGGACGACAACCAACUCAUUAUCGAUGCGGGUCAAAAGCAGGCGACCACCUGCAGCUCCUGUGGGAUGAUCUACAGCGCUGACAGCCUGGAGGACAACUACCAGCACACCCUGUUCCACCAGCAGCUGCUCGACAGCAUGAAGUUUGUGGGCUGGAAGAAGGAGAGAGUGGUGGCAGAGUUCUGGGACGGCAAAAUCAUCCAGGUGCUCCCAGGCGACCCCAAGUUUGCAGUCAAGAAGGCGGAGCAAGUGCGCCGGCUGGCAGACAGCGAGCUCGGCUUCCAGCAGCUCUCCCUCAGCUCCCCCAGAAAGGCCAAGACCUACCUGUUUAUCAACACAGACCGCAUGAUCGUGGGCUGCCUCGUGGCAGAGCACAUCCGCCAGGCAUUCCGGGUCCUGGCAGAGCCGGCCCAGCCCAAGGACAUGACCCGGGACGACUUCAUGGAGCCCCACAGGGCCUGGUGCUGCUCCUCGUCCCCGGAGCCGGCCAUCCUGGGGGUGAGCCGGGUGUGGGUGUUCAGCCUGGCCCGCCGGAGCGCCAUCGCCACCCGUAUGCUGGACACAGCCAGGAGCACCUUCACUUACGGCAGCCCCCUGACCAAGGAGGAGAUUGCCUUCUCCGACCCCACCCCCGACGGGAAGCUGUUUGCCACUCGGUACUGCAACACCCCCACCUUCUUCGUUUACAACUUUGUCGGCUGAACGUUGUGGAGUUCAGGCUUUUAAUUCGUGAUUUUUUUGGACUGUUCGGCAACCCCGGAGGAAUUGGUUUGUAUGCAUGUUGCUUUACCUCUGGCGGAGAAAUACGUUUUGACCUGUGCCUGGUUUGAGCAAUUUCAGAUAGGUGCUUGUUGUCAAAGGACGUGUUUGUUACAUGUGUUGAGCUGAAGUUCAGACUGUACCAACUGAUGAUGGUUUGCUAUCAGUGUUGAGGGUGAUUUUUGUUUUGUUUUCUACAUGUUGUAGUAAAAAACAAGUCCCCCUUUUUAUCUUCCUGCUGCUGAAAAGUUGACUGUUCCAAAAGCUACCCUGUAUGAUGUUCUGGUCUGUUCAGUUAGUAUCAGUGAUGAAGUCUAAUCUGACCUGCUCUUGCACCCUGUAAAUAGUUUGAAAUAAAGGUUUUACCUUUUUUUUAUCCAAGGCAAAUGUAUGAAUUGAAAUUCUUGAAUGAAAAAUAAAAGUAGUAAUA